AUGCGACUCUCCUUGACCUCCAUCCACGCCAGUCUUUCCCUGAUAACAAUACUCAGCAACGCACGCUGCACCACAGCAUCAACACCUAAAACCAGCACCCCGAUCGACCCCCAGCAAUGCGACUGCUACCUCAUCUCCGGCCCCGACCCGGGCUACUUCACGCAUUACAAGCUAUGGGACUUUCGCAACGCAUCGCAACAAUUCCACCCACCCUCAUCCUUCCCCCCAACCACCCCAAAGACCAAUAACACCGACACCCAAUACACAACGCACAGCCUCCUCACGCAAACCCCCUUCAGCAAAGACUGGCACGUCCAGACCUGGCACCGCGCCGCGGACCCGCUCCUCUCCCCAACCCCCAUGACCAACUCCGAAUCCAACGUCUUCCUCAUGCACGCCCUGCCCUCAGCCAACCCUCCUCCUCAUCCUCCUCCUCAAACCAAACCCCCAAGCACAAGCGCAAGCGCAAGCACAAGCAAAAGCUUCCUCGUCCUCCGCACGACACGCUUCACCAACCACGCCUCGACCGCGGAGAUCGAAUCGCAAUUCGGUCUGAUCGACCACUGCUCGCUCCGGCUCCACAUGCGCCUGAUGUCGCGGGACACCGCGCACCACCACCCAUUCCACCCCAAACCAGAACACAAACCCAACUUCGCCGCCUACCCGCCACCCAACAGCCCGCUCCCGCUCCCCGUCCCCCUCCCCGUACGCCCCGAUCAAAGAACCGUUCCCAGCGGCACCUGCGCGGGCAUCUUCACGUACCGCUCGGCGAUCUGCGAGUCGGACAUCGAGAUCCUGACGGCCGACAGUCCCUUCACGAUCCACUACGCCAACCAACCGGACUACGACGCGGAGCACGACCGGAUCAUCCCGGGGGCGAGCGCGGUGGUGAACCUGACGCGGCCCUGGACGGAGUGGACGACGCACCGGCUGGACUGGUUGCGGACGGAAUCGCGGUGGUAUGCGGACGACGCCUUGCAGACCGUCAAGCGGUAUCGCGUGCCGGACCGGCCUAGCAUCAUCGUCGUCAACUUGUGGAGUAACGGUGGGGAGUGGACGGGGGACCUGCGCGUCGGCGAGUCGGUCUACCUCGGGAUCGAGUGGAUGGAGCUGCUCUAUAAUCUCUCUUCUUCU